UACAAGCCUUUCCCCCAAGAAGUAGACGUGUCCCACGUUGUGAGUUGCACAUUUAACUAGCACAUUGAUCGAUGGAGGCGGACAUUACCGGCAACAUGGACGAAAACACGGACUUGGGGAUCUCGCUGGACCCUUACAUUGAGUCCGUGCGUCAGCAACUGGAAGACCUGGACCCACUUUUCCUCAUCGGGGUUCUCGUCGCUUUGGCGGUUGUGAUCAUCACUUGUGUUUUCCUGAAAUACUUUUUGACCAGUAAAACCGUCCAGAGUGCGGUGCUGCUCGUCGGGCUGUGCGACGCGGGCAAGACGCUUCUCUUUAGUCGACUGCUCUCCGGGAAGUUCAAACGGACUCAGACUUCCAUAACAGACAACAGUGCUCCUUAUAAAGUGAAAAACGACAGGAAGACCAUCUGGACUCUGAUAGACCUGCCAGGUCAUGAAAGUCUGCGUCCACAAUACUUGGAGAAGUUCAAGUCGGCAGCCAGAGCUAUUGUGUUCGUGGUGGACAGCGCCAUCUUCCAGAAGGAAGUGAGAGAUGUAGCAGAGUUCCUGUACGUGCUUUUGACGGACCCCGUGCUCUGCUGCACCGCCCCCGCACUGCUGGUGGUGUGCAACAAGCAAGAUAUCACCAUGGCAAAAUCAGCUAAACUGAUUCAGCAGCAACUGGAAAAGGAAUUGACCACACUGCGGGUGACUCGCUCGGCGGCCCUCAGCGCCCAGGACGGCUCGGCGGGCGGAAGCGUGUACCUGGGAAAGAAAGGCAAGGACUUUGACUUUAACCAGGUACCCAUGAAGGUGGAAUUCCUGGAGUGCAGCGCUCGUGGUGCCAAAGGAGAAGACUGUGAUGCUGACAUCCAGGCCUUGGAGGGCAGCCUCGCUAAGCUGUAACAAAAAUAAAUAAAAA